AUGAGUCAAUGGAAUACUUUAAAUAAUGGUGUUACUGACACAUCAAACAAUGCUGUUGAACUUCAAAUAGAAAAAUUACUUCAAGAAUAUCAGAAUACAUUAAAGCUACAUCAAAAGGGGCAAAUACAAUUAGCAAAACAAAAAUAUGAAGAGCUUAUCUCGCAAGAACUUGUAAAAAAUGAACAAAAGCCUACAGAGUCAAGUCCAAAUAAUAAAAUCGCAACUCCUGUUAAAGAUUCACCACUUUCAACUCUUCGUUUUUUAGUUUAUAAAAAUUAUGCUUCAAUUUUAAAAGAUGAAUUUAUGACUGAUCAAUCAAAUGUAGAUGUUGCUAAACAAGCAUUAAAGAAUUAUCUUCAAGCUGUUAAAAUUGAUCCAACAGAACAUUCGUUAUGGCAUCAUGUUGGAUGUUUGUCAUAUAUCCUUAAAAAACUUCGAUUUGCGCGAUUAGCCUUUGAGACUGGUUUUUAUAUUAGCGAUGACGAUAGAAAAUUAAAAUUUGCUUUAAUAGAUCCUAAUCAUGCACUUCAAAUCGUUCAAAAUGGAAAGUAUACACCAAUGCAGUGGAAGUGUCUAGAAGGUCUAUGCCAGGUUUUAUUUGACAUUGGGGAUUACUGCUUAUGUUUAUUUUACAUUAAUAUUGUUCUCAGUAGACAACCAACAUGGGAAAAAGGACAGCAAAUAAAAAAUCAAAUUCAAUCAAGCUAUACAAUAGAUGACACGGCAAAUAUUAAUUUUAGCAUGAACGAGCCACAAAUAGAUCCCAUUCUUAUUACACUUGAAAGAUGUGAUUGGUUAACUCUAGCUGAGGCAUUAUUUAAAGAGUAUAAAUGCUUCAAUUCUAACAAUGAUAACAUGAGCAAAAAGAAAAUUAAAGAAUAUGAAAGCGAAGAUGAUUUUAUAAUGGACACAAUUUUCUUAAGCAAAACUAUUCGAAUUACAGUUAAAGAAGAAAAAGAAAAAAAAGAAGAAGAAACAGAUUCUUCAUUGAUUCCUCAUAAGCAAACAACAUUACAAGAGUCUAUUAUAAUACCAUCUUCUACUAUAGCAAUCGAUACGAACAAUUCUGAGAUAUCAACUGUAAAUAAUGAUAUAAGUGUAAGCCCUACACCUAUGGAUAUUACUAUGACUGAAGAAAAUAUUAGCUCACUAAAACGUAAGCGAGAAAAUGAUGGAGAAGUAGCUAGUAGUGAAAAUGAUAAUGAGAAGAAUAAUUCUGGAAAUGAAGAAGAAGAUGAGGCAGAAGAGAAGCGACUAUCCCUAAGAGCUUCAAAACGACAGCGGGAUAAAAUUGCAAAUGAGGAAAUAUCUCGUCUCAAAAUGCUUGAAGAAGAAAAGGAAUUUGUAGACAAGGUUCAAGCAUUCUAUAAUAAGUUUGAAGGUGUUCAAGAUUUUAAGAGAAAAAAAUCAUGGUAUGAAAGUAUGGAUGAGCCGCUUGAUCUUUUUUGGGAAUGGUUUGAUAGUAAAAUAUCAGAAUUAGACAGUAAUUAUAGUUGGGAUAUUGGUAAUGACAUAUCUAUUGAGCUUGGAAAAUGUAAUGGAGACAACAACUUAGUAUUAUUUAUUCCUUCACAAUCGUCUAUGGAAACAGUUACUGAAAACUUUGGAAAUACUGAAGUAUCUCUUAAUAGCUUUAUAGACAAUCUUAACGAAAAUAACUCUGGUAUUAUUGAUAGUCUAUGUAAAAUGAUUUUAACACUUAUACGUGGUGACAUGAGACUAUUAGAAUGCAAUGAAAAUAUCCCAAUUAUCAAUAUUAAUUUUUUGGAAUUAAUAACUGAUAUAAUCACUGACCUUCAAUCAAAUUUUACAGAAAGUAUUUUAUCUAGCAAGGAUACAUCGCAAUAUGACUGUAUAUUUAUUUUAUUAAGGAUCAGUGAAUAUUUCAUUGAUCGACUGAUUCGAAGUACUAUGUCAUCAAUUGAAGAAACAGGCUUGCAUCCAAGUAAUAAUUCUAAUAGAAAAAAAGUUUCUACAUCACUAGCAAAGCAAUCAAAAUUGCAAGUUAUUAAAAAUUUAAUUGAAUAUUCUUCAUUUUGGAUUGGUCUUGUUGAACAAAGUAUUCUGUCUUCAUCUAUAUUGUCUUCACUCAACAAUGCAAGUAAUUAUAUCUCUUUGGAUAGAGGCGUUGUUACUCAAGAAUAUAUAUCUACAGAAGACUAUGAAGUUCAACUUCGUUUUUACAGUCUUAAAGCAAAAUUAGCUCAGUGUAGAAAUAACGUUGAAGAAGCAUAUGCUUGGUAUUCUGAAUGCAAAUCAGUUUUAAAGCAAAUAAAUUUAAAGUCUUCACAAGAUAUCAGAUUUAAUCUUAGAAGUCAAGAGAAUAUUGAAAAAAAGCUUAGUUUACUUGAAGUGGGAAAGCUUUUUAUGACUGCAAAACAAAAAAUAGCCUCAAAAAAUUAUACAGGCGCUAUUGAAGAUUUAGAGAGACUAGUUAAACCAAAAUUAUUUAAUUUUGGUAAAGCUGCUGAUUCAAAUGAAAUAAUACAAAUGACCUUUAUGCUAGCUACUGCUUAUAUGAAAGAUAACAAGUACCUCGACGCAUGGAAUUGUUAUUUGUAUCUUUUUUGCUCAUUUAUGAAACAGUUAACAGUCUAUGGUCAUCUGCAAAUGCAAUCAGAAUCCCGUUUCAAUAAAAAUGAUGAUAUCGAAUAUUUUAAUAUUCUUCAGAAUAUCAAUAUUGUAGUAGAUAAUUUGGUCAGCCUAAUUACCAAGGAAAAUCGAGAAGAAUGGUUUCCUAAUGAAGUCAAUCAAAUACAUCCUGACUUUGUGCCUCUGGUGAAUAACUUUACAACACCUGAUAUACCUCCUCAUAGACCAUCAAAAGUUACAAAAUCAAAUAUUUUUAACGACAUCAUUGUUAAAUCCUGGGUUUUGCAAUCAUAUUUGAUUCAGCAUAUGUUUAGAAAAAAUAGCUGUUCUGUAGCAAAUGAUACAAUGAUAUUAUGGGCAGAACUAUUACAAGAAUUACAUGAUGAGCUUGGUGAAAGAGAAGUUUGUGGAGUUGCUAAAAAUAUAUUUUUACAUCAUCUAUUGGAAACAUUUAUAAAAAUAGACAAUAAAAUCUUUAGAAGAGAAAUAUAUCAAUGCUAUCACUGCUUAUACGAUGUCCAUCUCGCAGCUGAAUCUGAUAUGAUUGAAGAACAUCAUUGUAUACAUACAAAGUUGGAUCAAAAAGCUGCAGAAUUAUUGUUUACAUUAGUUGCUGAUACAGCCGUUGAUAAAUUAAGGGGAGGAAUAUUAUUAAAGAAUGACUUAAAGGAUGCAGUUGAUACUGUCUCCGAUCUCUUUGAAAAUUUACCAACAAGCCAUCCUUAUAUUAGAAACAACCAAAAAAUAAUUGAAAAUUAUUUGUUUAGUCAGCUUACAAUAUACCCCUCGUUAGAUUCUAUUUUACGAGCUGCUAUUAUUCCUACUAUUGAUAUUGAUUCGAAGAAGACAAAUACUUCAAGUGUUUUAUACAAAAUUUUUUGGAUUAGAGGCAAAACACUACGUUUGCAAAUUAAAAAUAGGGCAAAAUUAAAUAAUGAGAAAAAUAUGAUCGAUUUAGAAGACGCUGUUGAAGAAUUUAUGUCUCAUAUUAUACUUAGUCCUGACGAUGCAGAUGGAUGGUGUGAACUAGGCGCCUGUUAUCAGCUUUUAGCUGAUGAAGAACUUAAUUGGAGUGCUUCCAACAUAAAAGAGCAUAAGGAUGUGAUUAGCGAGUAUCAAAGGAAAGCAUUUCAUGCAUAUAUUCGAGGACUCUAUUUGCGAAAGUUAUCUUCAACAAAAACUCAUGAAAGUGAGAUAUUUGCAAAUUUUGGAAGUCUUUUGUAUUCUAUUGUAUCUUUGCCCAUGAAUAUGGAUGCCUUUCUAACACAAACGGCACAGUAUGCUUUAGCAUCUGAUGGAAAACUUUUUGAAGUUCAGAGACGGGCACCUUCACAAAAAUAUGUAUACAGACUUGCUAUUAUAAUGUAUAAUCAAGCCCUAAAAUAUCAGUCUGUAGAUCGAAUAGAUUGGAAAUACUACUAUAUGCUAGGAAAAUGCUUUGCAAAAAUUGAAAGGCCACCGAAGGAAGUGCUUGACUGGUAUUUACAAGCUAUAUGUAGAGUAAAAGCGAAAAAUCGAAAAUCUGAUUGUCCCUUAGAACCCUUUUAUCUCUUUUAUUCUUCUUUACUAAAAUAUCUAUAUAAAAAUGAGCUUAACGUAGAAAUUGCUGAAGAACUUCUUGCUAAAGAAAAAAUUUUGAAUACCAAAAAACAAGAGGAUAAUUCCAACCAAGAUGUGACUAAUAUAGAAAAUAGUACAAAUAUAACAGAGAAGGAGAUAAACUCUAUGAAUAACCAGAUAUUAAUUGAUUUGAGUCAAGAUACAAUGCAUUUAUCUAGCGAUAUAGCCAAUAUAUAUAACAGUAUACAUCAACGUUUGAUUGAUAUUAGGGCAGCUGAUAGUAAAGGUGUACAUCAUAGAGUCACUUACAGGCUUGCUUGGAUGUAUCAUUAUGUUUAUCGUAAUACUGAAAAGGCAAAAACAGAGCUCUUGAAGCUGUUUACCCUUAAACCAACCAUCAAAAAUCACAUCACAAUUUGGAAGCCAGGAUUUGAAUUGCCAGGAAAGCAUUAUGAAUACGUCAACAAAUAUACUCUAUUUCUGAUUGAAUUAGCAAAGCAAUCAAAAGAUACACAAACGCUUAAACAGCUUUAUCGUAAGCUUAGACGAAGUCAAGCUCUACUAAUUGAUGAUAGACAAGUUUUCCGCUUAGCUUAUACGUCUUAUUUACAGGUUAUUAAAGAUCGACUUAUGGAGUAUUAUGAUGCAGGAUCUAUAAUGACUACUAUAAAGAACUCACAUCUGUCAAAAGAGGAAUUUGAAACAAUUUGUAGUACUUUUGUUAAAUCUGUACUAGGAGAGAAACCAGUUACAGACAAGGAACUAUAUGAUAUUCUUCAAGAUCUAUCUGAAUUAAGACGUUUAACUCAAGGCUUUAUUACAGCUAAUGAUACUGAUCAUGAUGGAUUAAAUGAUACCAUACAGAUAUGUUUUGCAGCAUUUGUAUUCGAAGACAAGAUAAAUUUUGAAAAAUUACAAGAUCAAAGUGCUACUGUAAAUUCAUUUCCAUCAAACGAAGUAAAUGAAAGCGAGAAUCAGAAUUUUGCAGAAGGCAAAUUACUAGACGUAUUAUUGGCACAAGCUAAAAUAUUGAUGCAAAGUAUAAUCACUUCAUCACGUUAA